AUACGGGCCAAUCAAAAGAUUUUCCUCCAUUAUUCAUUACACAAACCCAGUGACUCAGAUUCAUCAUCUUGUCAUUCCAAAAAUGGAGGAGCAAUCGUUUUUUGAUAGAAUGAUCACGCACCUUCGUUCAUCUUGCAAGUAUUAUACUGGUUAUCCCAAAGACCUUGGGCCGUCACGGGUUAUCCAUUUCACAUCCGAGCGUGAAUUUGUGCAGCUCCUUCAUCAAGGUCGUCCAGUUGUUGUUGCAUUCACUAUUAGGGGGAACUACACAAAGCAUCUUGACAAAGUACUUGAGGAAGCUGCUGCUGAGUUCUAUCCGAAUAUUAAAUUUAUGCGCGUUGAGUGCCCAAAAUAUCCUGGGUUUUGUAUAACACGACAGAAGAAGGAAUAUCCAUUCAUUGAAAUAUUUCAUAGUCCAGAGCAAGCUGUAAACCAAGGGAGGGUUGCUGAUCCAAAUAUCACAAGAUACUCUGUAAAAGUUCUACCUUUCAAUUAUGAUCUCAGUGCUUACGGAUUUAGAGAAUUCUUCAAGCGCCACGGGGUUCAGACAUCGGAUCCGAAGUAAAGACUCGGUGACAUAUAUUGAUCUCUUACUCCUUUUUAUUUACAACUCCUAUAACAUCAUAAAUGGUACAUGUACUUUGACCCGACGUCGAUACUUAUACUUUUAAAAUGUCUAUUGUGAUGUUGAAUGUCUUUUUGUUGUGCGUCUAUUACGUCGAAUAGAUUAAGCAGAGGUUCACUGUCACUAGCCAACAUCGAUUGGGAAGUUAACGUGGACGCGUCGAUAUAUUAUCCA